AUGAUUGGUCUUGCUUUGUUGGCUUUGGCCCCAGCUAAUACUCUUGCUGAAUAUUGGCCAUAUCAAACCUUCGUGACGGAGCCGACUUUCCACCCUCCAGUGCUAGACAUCCAGAAGUCUGGACAGCCACUUGCCGAUGGACUGAUCUUCUUCACUCCUGCAAAUGAGGACACCUCCAACCUCAACGCAAAGGAGCUUGCUAGUGGUAUGAUUAUGACUGAUGAAGGCGAGUUGGUGUGGAACGGUCCAGUCGCUGAGCCCCAAACAAACUUGUUCGUUCAGGAGCUUGAUGGUCGAUCUGUCUUGUCUCAUUGGAACGGUGUCGGCUCCAACACUGGACAUGGCUACGGAAAAGUGACAAUCGUUGAUGAGAGCUACAGCACAAUCUACGAAGUUUGCCCCGAACUUGGUUUCACUACUCCCAAUGGAAUCAAGUUCCCCUGCUAUGCUGACCUUCACGAGUCCCUCAUCACGGAGGAAGGCACCAUCAUAGUCUCUGCAGUGAAUACUACCCAGGUUGACCUCUCUUCUGUCGGAGGACCGGUCGAUGGAUGGAUCUAUGAUGACUGGUUCUAUGAGAUUGAUAUCAAGACAAAUGAGGUUCUGUUUCGCUGGAGUGCUCUAGAGGCAGGUGUCUCUCUGGGUCUGUCAAAGGUCGACCUCGCCUCUGACAAUGCUGGAAAUGGAACUUUUCAAACAAACCCAUGGGAUUGGUUCCAUUUGAACGCCGUCCAGCGGAUUGGCGAUAAAUAUCUCGUCAACAGUAGACACUGCUGGACUACAUUUUUGAUUGAUAAUAAUGGGAAAGUUAAGUGGCAGCUCGAUGGAAGCAACGGAGGAGAUUUCAAAUUGCCUUACUCGGAUCUUUUUAAAUGGCAACACCAUGCGCGCGUCCAUCAUGUCACCGAGAGCUCCCUCCAGAUCAGCUACUUCAACAAUGAUAACUGUGGCUGGGACAAUGACACAAACCAGCCAUCAGCGGGUCUUAAUCUACAAAUUGAUCUCCACUCCAAGAUCGUCACUAUUCUUCAAAAUCUCGAAGAUCCGAAUGACAAGCUCUAUACUGAUUCCCAGGGCACAUUCUGGUCUCUGGACAAUGGUAACACUCUUCUCGGAUAUGGUUCCAAUCCGGUGAUCAAGGAAUUUGGAAUAGAUGGGAACACCAGAAUGAGAAUUCAAUUUGGAGAGCUGGGUCUCGUACAGUCUUAUAGAUCCUACCGCCAAGAGUGGCAUGCAAUUCCCCGUCACAAGCCCAAGGCCACUGUCAAGGAUAAUGUUGUCUAUAUGAGCUGGAAUGGUGCGACAGAAGUUUCCCACUGGGAAGUCUUCGCUGGUAAAUCGCGCCAGAGCCUUCAGAGCGUGGGAAGAAUUCCGAAGCAGGGAUUUGAGACUUCUUUCAACUUGACUCAGUCAGCCUCAGUCAUCCAAGUGACAGCUUUUCAGGGAGCCAAAUUCCUGGACAGGUCCGUGAUUGUCAAC